AUGGAAGCAAGAGUUGAAUUGAAGCAGAAGCAAGCUACUGGUUGUGUUGCACAUCUAAGGCGAGCUUCACGUCCAACACUGUAUCAACAACCAUCACUUGCAUCACCCACAAGCAAGGCUGUCGAAAAAAUGAGGUUGGAAGAUUAUGAAAGCAAAAGGACAAUUGUUGGUUCUCUUAGUGGACAAUCCUUUCUUAAGUGUUAUUUGAACUAUAAGAAUAGUGGAAGACCUAAACGUGUGAUGUUCUACAAUAAUUGCGAAUGGUUGGAUUAUCCUAGAGAUGUUGUUAACUUGGUUAAGAAUGAUUUUGAAAUAAAAAAUGCAGCGGUGGAAAUAGAGUUAAAUGGACGUGAACUUGUACUAGAUUUUUUACAAAUGUGUCAGGUGGACUUGCAAACUGGUUUGCAACAACCAAUAGCAUGGAUUGAUGAGGCAGGGAGCUGCUUUUUCCCUGAAGCUUGUGUUGCUUUUGAUGGUAAAUCUUAUAACUUAUGCGAACGUGAGGGUAUGAACUUAUGUAUAAAAAUUGAAGUGAAUGGGGAUGAUGAAUCUGAGUUGAGGGAGUGUAGUGAGGAUCCCAACGUGUUAGUUAAGGAUACUCAAGUGGAAAUUGGAAUAAGGAUGAUAGGAUUGAGUUGUCAAAAUGUUGAUAUUCCUUAA